GUUUCCAUGCCGGCAAAUUUGUGUGAGGCGACUCACCGGCGUUUUAAUUCGAACGUAGGAACUUUCUCACGUAAUUUUCGCCUCGCAAUGCGUGUCGCUGCUUUAUUAACGUUAGAAAAUGUUCAGCUGCGCGUAAGCGUGCAGCACAGAUAGGCCUUUGACUUCGCGAAAGCGCAGCAUGUUAUCUUUUCCUUUCCAGUCUACGAAUCGAAGUCGGCUGCUCGAGUCACCUUGCUCGUUUUUCCUCGAGGUGAGCAGCACCUUAUAGCGUCACUUGAAUUUUUCUGGAUGCAGAAUGGUAUUGUGACGAGCCUCAAUGGAGACGGCCAGUUUCCAUAGUUCAGUUAGUAAGGAGGCCAAAGAUGGUGUGCCGGGGAGAAAUAAGAGUGCGCCGUGUGACGAAGAAGUGCGGCCAAAUGCCACAGCGGCACCACCUGUGGCAGCAUUUCAACUGCAAGCAGCGGAAGAUUCUUCUACCGCGGACCACACGCGUGAUCGGGGCAAGUGGCAAGGUCGGCUCGACUUCAUCUUUGGCUGCAUCAACUAUGCAGUCGGCCUGGGCAACGUGUGGCGCUUUCCCUACCUCUGCUACGAAAAUGGAGGAGGUGCCUUCCUGGUUCCUUACUUCGUAUGCCUCGUCCUGACAGCCAUCCCUUCAUUCCUUCUUGAGGUGGCCCUGGGACAGUAUGUUUGUCGUGGUGGCAUUGGUGUCUGGAAGCUGGUGCCCAUUUUCAAAGGUGUGGGCAUUGCUUCCAUGGUGAUGGUGUUCUUUUCGAACGUGUACUACAUCAUUGUGGUCGCGUGGAUUAUGUUCUACCUUUUCGCGUCCUUCACCAGCAACCUUCCGUGGCAGGAGUGCGGCAACUACUGGAACACUGAACGCUGCAGGGAACCGAAUGGGACCAACCUUGCCAACACCACCUUCACCACGCCUGUCCAGGAGUACUGGGAGAGACGUGUGCUCAACAUCUCAUCAGGGCUUGAAGACGUAGGCAAUGUUCGCCCUGAGCUGGCAUUGUACCUGCUGCUGUCAUGGGCCAUUGUCUUCCUGGUCACGUGGAAGGGCAUUCAUCAGAGCGGCAAGAUAAUUUGGUGCACAGCCCUGUUUCCUUACGUGAUACUGUUGGUGCUGCUGGUGCGAGGUGUGACUCUUCCUGGUGCCGACGCGGGCCUCCUCUUCUACGUGACGCCCAAGUGGGAGAAGCUACUGGACCCCCAUGUGUGGAUAGCUGCUGGCACCCAGGUGUUCUACACGUUUGGCAUUGGCUUUGGCUCCGUCAUAGCCCUGGGCAGCUACAACAAGUUCCACCACAACUUCUUCAGGGACUCAAUGGUGCUGUGUGUGGUGAACCCAAUGACUAGCAUUGUGGCAGGUGUGGUGAUAUUCUCGGUGCUGGGUCACCUGGCGCACAUAACUGGCCGCGACGUCGGCGAUGUGUUUCGCUCGGGACCGGGCCUUGCAUUCCUAGCCUACCCAGAAGUUGUGGCCAAAAUGCCAGCGGCACCUGUCUGGUCGGUGCUGUUCUUCGUGAUGCUGCUUGUGGUGGGCAUUGACAGCCAGUUCUGCACAGCUGAGGCCCUCAUAGCUGGCCUCAUCGAUGUGUGGCCUGUGCUUCUGCGAAACCGACAGCAAGUGACGCUUCUCUUUUGCACCAUCCAGUUCCUCUUGGGGCUCAGCAUGGUCACCCAGGGUGGCAUGUAUCUAUUCCAACUUGUUGACAGCUAUGCUGUGUCGGGCAUGACACUCCUGUUUAUAGUGUUUUUCCAGAACGUGGCCAUCUCCUGGUUUUACGGUUCCAACAAGUUUGCCAGCAACAUAAAAGAGAUGAUUGGCUAUGCACCCAACUGGUUCUUUCGUGCUUGCUGGAUGGUGUUUGUGCCCUUCUUUUGCAUUACCAUAUUUGUAUCAUCCAUCAUUCAGUACCGGCCACCUGUAUAUGCCAAGACUUACUUCUACCCCUGGUGGGGCGAGCUAAUUGGCUGGUUCAUGGCAUUAGUAUCCAUGAUGAUGAUUCCCACCUAUGCCAUCUACUACCUAAUCACCACCAAGGGCUCUCUUUCCAAGCGACUCCAACUGGGUGUAACGUCAACUCUGAAGCCAAAGCUUCGAGCCGAAACGGGGCCGCUCCUGGAUCCGCCGGCGAAACCGACCCUUAGUGCCAACUGAUGGGCCACCUCAGCAGCUCGAGGGAUUGUUUGCCAAGUCUUCAGUGCCUGGUUGUAGGAGCAUGACUUUGACCAUGAUGCGAACAGUUUUUUCCUGUCUUCAAUGCGAAACUUGUGCUGCUUGAGGAAGACGCGUGUUACCCGAGGUCACCCAGAUUUAUUGUUGAAGCCGAUGUGAUUUUGUUGCAUUUUUAACAGCUUUUUAAAAAAAAGUAUACUCUAUGUUUUGAUAUACAAUAUUUUUCCUCCUUGUACAACCAGAGAAUAUUUUGCCUAUAAUAUAUAUAGA